AUGGGAAACAUCGCGACCACCAUCACCAAAGGCACCACCGACGAGAUGGCACCUACUCUCAAGCGCACUCGCGACAAUCGCGAUGAUCUGGCUCAGCCACCAACCAAGAAGCCUCGUCUCGAGGAAGGCGGCGACAACAACGCGACAGCUUCUGCGCCUCGAGACCCCCAGCGCACGGGCAAAGACCCGGUGCGCAUACCGCAUCCUCUGCCACCACGGCCACCACAGGCCAGCAAGACUGCCGGUGGCGCGAAGGCGUCUACUACUACAAAGGCGCGCGAGGAGCCAGAGCAUGAGUCGAAGACUGGGCCAGCGGCGACAUCUGACAAGAAGAUGCGCCCCGAGCAACCGGCAAUUAUCACCGCAACGCCAUCUACUGCUGCACCUACAUUCGCCCCCUCCGAUGAGACCGGCCGCGAUUCCAGCGAGUCAACAGCACGCGCUCCCGCCGCCUCGCCAUCCCCACCACAACCUCGCCGCAAGACAGGUUUCCUGGACCUCUCGGCCGAGCUGAGGAACAAAAUCUACCACCAAAACAUGUCGUAUCCUGACGAACCCAGCACUCGCACCGAUAAGAACACCCCAACCGAGCCUACCAUCCUCUCUGUCUGCAAGCAAAUCCGCGCGGAGGCCUCGAAGAUGUACUGGGACAAGCCUUUCGUCUUCAAUGACAUGGGUCUCGCUGCCGACUUCCUGAAGAGCAUCACGCCAGAGAAGCGUGCACUCAUCAAGGACAUCCAGGUCGUCGCUCCAUCACCGGAUCGCGUCGCCGAGCUUACGCUACGUCGCGUCCGUCGAGCACUCAUCGCCUGGAAUAAAGCUUACGCUAGGAAGGGCCUCAAGGAUGGGGUGGCGCGGAUCCAGAUGCAGAUCCACGAAUACAUGAAGGACGAGAAUGGUGUCGAUAUGACUGAUCAUGACGGGAAUAGAAUGAUCGGAGACAAGAAAGUGAUCUGGUGCUCAGCGAGGCCCCUCGACCUGAGGUCUGACGACCAGAAAGCCAAGGACAAGAAGGCUGCAGAUGAGAAGGCUGCUCAGGAGUUGGCCGAGAAGGAGGAAGCCAAGAAGAAGAUGACUCCUCAGGCCCAGUUCGACAAGGCUGACAAGGAAAAGGGGGCAGCCGAGCAGAAGAAGUCCAAGUUUGACCCAGCCAGAGCCGAGGACAUCGAACUCUUCAAGACGGUAAGAACUCACCGGAACGUGUUCGUGAACGUCCGCAAGACGGCGAAGGAUCUCAAGAAAGACGAGGAAGAGAAUUGA